GGCGCAGGGAUGGAGAGCCAAGACUCCCAUUUCCCGGCGAAAGUCCAAUCACGGGACCAAACCGAGAGCCAAACUUCUGUUCAGGCGGGCUGGAGGAGUCCAGCCUCGACCCAGGAGGACUCGAUCCUGGGCUUCUGCUCUCUCAAGGACUCGAACGGAGAGUCGGAAGGUUCCCAAACGUCCCCGGAGGAAAGCCCUGCAACCCGAAGGGAAGUUCGGAAGCUUGGGUCAGCGGCAGGCGCGGCCCAGCCAAAACAAGAAGGCAAGCCGAGUGGGGAACGGGACAGCAGCGUCCACUCCAACUCGAGCAGGGUUGCGCCCCGUAGCUGGGGGACGCAAAGCAACGGAGCGGAAGAGGACGAAGUCGACUUUAGCCGCGCGUCCGUCAGCGCCCCGCAACCGCGCCGGAUCCUGCCUGCUGUGCGGGGAAACCAAGAGUCUGUCGAAAGGAGCAAAUACCCUGAGUCAUCUGACCAACCGUGCAUGGAACUGCGAGAAGCUACGCACCGUGCCUACCGGGCUGAGCUACAGAACCGACUGCCCCUGCCUCUGGCCAACCUCAUGGAGGAGGAGGCGCUGGAAAUCCUUACCAAGAGCCUCCGUAGUUACAGCAAGGGCAUAGGGAAAGACCACAAGCUGACCCAGCAGCUACGGCGGCACGUGGAACAGCUGCGCAAGAACCUGAUGAGUCGCAAAUGCACCUGAGCACCUCGUGGUCUCCACGGGAACCCCGCCCCGCCGGGCGCUGGCCCCGCCCCGCGGGAC